AAAAAAGGUGGGAACCAACAGCCCAAGCAAUCUUGGCAUCAGUGCAAUAACGAGCCACUCGUAGCGGGAGAUCAUGUCGGUUUGCUCUUCUUCUUCCUCUUCAUCAUCAGGCGGGUACCUCGGCAGUGCCAAAGCCUGGAUCGUGCAUGGGAUUGUUGCCGGAAUCACAAUUGGCGCCGCCAUCGGAGCUCGAGCUUAUUUGGGUCGAUCCAGAAAAUUUCGGAGCCGCGUUGUCGGAAUCAUUCCCGCCCGAUUCGCCUCUUCACGGUUCCAGGGGAAGCCUCUCGUUGAGAUUCUCGGAAAGCCAAUGAUCCAGAGAACUUGGGAAAGGGCAAAAAUGGCUACUACAUUGGAUUGUGUUGUUGUAGCAACCGACGAUGCAAAGAUUGCACAAUGCUGUAAAGGAUUUGGUGCUGAUGUUGUAAUGACAUCAGAGUCUUGCCGGAAUGGAACUGAACGUUGUAAUGAAGCACUUCAGAAGCUGGAGAAGAAAUACGAUAUCGUUGUAAAUAUUCAAGGAGAUGAGCCGCUUAUCGAACCGGAGAUCAUCGAUGGCAUUGUUAAAGCUCUACAGGCUGCCCCGGAUGCAGUGUUCAGCACUGCAGUGACAUCCUUAAAACCUGAAGAUGCAUUCGACCCCAAUCGCGUGAAGUGUGUAGUGGAUAAUCAUGGAUACGCUAUUUAUUUUUCAAGAGGAUUGAUCCCUUUCAACAAGUCAGGAAAGGUCAACCUUCAAUAUCCUUAUUUGCUUCAUCUUGGAAUCCAGAGUUUUGAUUCGAAAUUUUUAAGUAUAUAUCCUGAACUCCAAUCAACACCAUUGCAACUAGAGGAGGAUUUAGAACAGCUAAAAGUGUUAGAACAUGGCUACAAAAUGAAGGUGAUUAAGGUCGACCACGAGGCGCACGGUGUUGAUGUUCCUGGAGAUGUAGAAAAGAUAGAAUCUUUUAUGAAGGAAAGGAACCUUUCUUAAUGAAGAUUAACCAAAGAAAGCUAUACUUUCGAAUUGAAUUUCGUUUUCGUUAUUAGUAGUUGUAAUUGGUAUCGGGUUGAACAAAUAUGCUGUUAUUUUGUGGUGUUGAAGUACUUUGUUUUUUCAGAACUAUAUCUUUUAGCUCUUCGUUUCUGAUACUUGUGACAUAUUGAUUUAUUUGUAUAGUUAUUGAAGUAAAUUUGUUGAUUAA